AGCUUACUGCUACGGUUUAGUUUUAAGUAAACUUAAUGCCAUGAGGAGAAGCUGUAGUGAGCAGAACGUCAUUUUUUUACAGAAAACUUUGAAGAAAAAAAAAAUUUGAAAAAUGGAAGAGUCAAACGGGCAAAUGAACAGAAGCAUCCACAUUUCCAUUGACAAUCUGGAGGAUAUCAUAUUGCCCCGCCUGAACACUUUAACACCAGCACAGUGGACCUUGCUUUCACAGGGUCUGAGGGAUUCACAUAUUACAGCCGUCAUGGCUGACAUACUUACCAACAUUUUUCAACAAUGUGUGGAAAAUUCACUGACCGUCCUUGUGCCAAUAUUAGAAGAUUGUAUGACGAAGUGCAUGAAGACUAAAAUGCCAGAUGAAAGCAUCAGUGUGCAUUUGACCAACAUGAUUUCAACAGAAAUGGCCAUUGUCCUCGAGGUGUCUCCACCAGAAGAAGUCUGUGAGAGCAGCAUGGAGUUGAACUCAUUGAUGGAACAGGAGGUCUCUGAAAAAGUAACAUCCAUUGCAAAUGGCAUCAAGAGAACCUCUAGUUUUCCUGCAGAACCAGCAGUGUUUGCAAGUGGUUGCAUUUCUAACCUAAGAAAUUUCAACAAAAUGGUUUCCAAUGCAGUUCAGUGCCUUCGCAAACACAUAAACAGAGUCAGCUCAAGAUGCAUCGAAAGAUAUUGGAGUGCGUUCACAAAAAAGCGAACCUCAGGUGUGUCUCCAGCAGAAGCAGAGACUGCUUUUGACCUUACAGAGAAAAGCGUUUCUCCUAGUGUGAAAUCUCUCUAUUCUGUAGCCUCAGUUAGCGAGAGUAUUGCUGAAAUCAUAGAGAAAUAUUCUGAUGAUGCAGGCGAUGCAAAAGGUGCAGAAGAUGAUGCAGAUUUUUGCCUAGAUCAUUUCGAAGUAAACGAGGUUGCAGGUGGAAUUAGCAAAACGAUUAUUGAUGACCUUCAUUACUGUAAGGCUGAAGGUUCGGUUGGACAGAAAGAUCCAAGUUGUUCAUGUGCUCCUCAUUUUAAUUUGAAAAAGAUCGUUGGUGAUAUCAGAAACCUUUUCCGGUCAAAAGGCAAAACUGACCCAGCUGGAAAAGAAGAAAUAGUCAAAAACCCACAAUUUUCCAGAUUUGCAAAAGACCAGUUCGCCACCAUGGCGUCUUCUUUGGAGAUCUCAUUCAAGGACUCAAGUGACACAAAUGUAGUGAAACUGAAACAAGAUGUAUAUUUGUCAAACACAUUGGCUCACCUCAUGUUUCCUGGAUGUGUCCCUGAAGAUUCAUCAGGGAUGAAAACAGACCAAAUUCCUAAGCUGGAUUUUCAGUCCAUCAAACCACAAAUUGACAGACUGUGUGCAGAAUUCAUGAAAAACCCACAGUUGAAUGACAAGAUCAAGCAGUUUUCCAAGGAACUGACAGAUAAAUUAUAUACUGAUAUCACCAGUAGCCAUCAUUACAACCUUCCUGUUCCUCCUGAAAACCUUUCAGAAUCUGUCCUCUCUAGUGAGAAAAUAAGUGACAUUUCUGGCCAAACAGAAAUUUGCCCUGAAAUCUUCUAUGCCAGAACAGAAGACGAGGUGAGGAGAUUUCUCCAAAACAUCUUUCUUUGGCUCAAAAAUGAGGAAAUAAAUCGCAUAAGUGAAAGUGACAGGGUGUCCAAUGUGCUCUCGGAGAUCAAUGAUCUCGUUGGACAAACAUAUGAGACCCAAAUCCCCAAACCCAUGUCUCCAGGAACUGAGAAGGACUCUAUCCCAACCAUUGGAAGAGAAUUCAAAGAGCAGCCUGAAUAUCCUGUAAAAGCUGAAACUGACUCCCUGAUUGAUUCAUCACUUACAGCACCAGGGAUUAGGUAUGUCAGAUUUGUUGAAGAAAUCACUAUCAUUCCAAUCCCAGAGAUAAAUGAAACCACAGAACAAAAGAAGAACGAUCUGGAGGAAUGUAUGAAAUGCUUUGCAAUGAGAGCAUUUUUGAACUGCUGGGAGAAAAACGGUGGGCCAGUGAAUACUACAGACAUGAAGAGAAUCUUGUCUUAUCUGUCAGUGGAGAUCAUACAGGAAAUCGCAGACUUUGAAGUCAGUAAGGACAAUGACAAGGUUAAUGUCUUUGUUACAGACCUUUACCGCGAUCUGAAAAAUCAGUUUGGCUCAACUAGAGAUCUGUGGAAAGCUGCAACAUCACUAGAUGGCCAUUCUCUUCAGGAUGCCAUAUUGAAAUAUUUAAGAAAGCACUUUCCCAUGACACGCAAAAUGAGUACAACUGAGAAGAUCACUUCAACACUCACAGACAUUUUUUGCUUCCUAAAAUAGAGAGGAUCUUGACCUGAUCCUAGAGAUCCUGGAGAGGAUCAAGAGAUCCUAGAGAGGAUCAAGAGAGGAUCUUGAGGAUCUUGGCAGGUUAUCUAAUGACCAGCCAUUAGAUAACAGAUCACAAACACAAUCUCACAAUCACAAAAAACACAAAAUUCAGGAAUAAUGCAGCAACAGGUUUUUGAAAAAGGGUCCAGCCCUAAGUGGAGGAGUUUCAGUAUCUCGCAAUCUUGUUCACGAAUGAGGGAAAAAUGGAGUGGGAGAUCGAUGGGCAGCUUGGCGCAACGUCUACAGUGUUGCAUACUCUUUAUUGCUCUGUCAUGAGCAGCUAAGAGAGCUGAAUUAAAAGGCGAAGCUCUUGAUUUGCUGGUCCAUCUAUAUUCCCACCCUUACUUAUGGUCACAAGCUUUGGGUCAUGAUUGAAAGAACAAGAUUGUGGAUACAAGAGGCCGAAAUGAGUUUCCUCCGUAGGGUGGAUGGAUGGAUGGAAGGAUCAAACUAAAUUCAGAGAGGUCAGGGCAUCAAAGUCAAAAUCCCAGCCUGGCUUUUUAUAUCUGGAGUCUUACAGGUUAGGUUUUCGUCGGGUUCUCCGGUUUUUCCUUUAAAAAAACAUUCAUAUUCCAAUUUGGUAUGCUAAAUACCCAAUUCACAUUUCCUGUUGACAGAAAUGUGAAGAGAAUGGUCACUGUCUCUAGCUGCAGUUCUAGAGGACAGGUGUCCUGCAGCCUUUAG